UCGGCAACCAACAGGUGACAAAACUACGAAUCUGUAUGACUCUGGCAGUGCACUAUUCUUAAGCUUGGAAAUACCCCCAGCUUGUCCAUAGAAGGUUGGCAUUCGUUUUUUCAUCCUCGCACGGACUGAAUAAUAAGGUAUGAAAACUUCUUCGCGGAUCUUCUUGCUUGCCUUUGUCGCACUCUACCAAAUACAGUUGAUUCGAUGUAGUGGCUAUGGAAAUUUCUUAUGCAACUAUGGGCAAGAAUUAAACGCUCUCUGCAAUCGUCUGCAAGAAUUUCAAGAUUCAGCCGACCUCCAAGCACCAGACGACUCCAACUCCAUGUGGCGAACGAAACACCGCUUCCAGCUGCGACUAGGACGAAGAGAAGACGAGGGUGACAACGAAGAUGACGAAGAGGAAUUCGAACAUCUCGUUGGAAUGCUCGCCCCACAUCUUUCACGGCAAAGACGAGCAUAUUUACGGUUUGGUCGAAGUGCCGAAUGGCCUGGCGUUGAUGACAUCGACGAAAACAAAAGAGCAUAUCUUAGAUUCGGCAAACGAGCCUAUUUGCGAUUCGGUAGAUCAGUAGACAACAAGAGGACCCCAAAUAGCGGCGGUAUGAGUAAUUAUAUGCGCUUUGGAAGAUCGGCCGAACCCCAUCAUCUUUCAAAGCGGUCAGUCCCAGUCAAACAAGAGGCUACCGAAUCAAAAACGAAAGAAAACACCAUGAAAUCAGCCGCAGUCCCCAACAGUGAAAAGAGAUAUAUGAGGUUCGGCAAAAAAUCCAGCGAAGGAGACGAAAAAAGGUACAUGCGUUUCGGGAAAAAGUCCACUGAGGAUUCGGCUCCAGAAACUCACGCAAAAGAGGAGAAACGUUACAUGCGCUUUGGAAAGAAGUCGCAACCCAAUGGAGAAGACCCCGAAAAAAGAUAUAUGAGAUUUGGAAAGAAAUCUAUGGAACAAACGGACGAAGACAAGAGAUAUAUGCGUUUCGGCAAGAAAUCCCUCGACCAACCAGAAGAAGACAAACGGUACAUGCGGUUUGGAAAGAAAUCUGCCGAGCAGCAAGAAGAAGACAAGAGAUAUAUGAGAUUUGGCAAGAGGUCGGAUAAUGCUGAUGAUGAUGACGACGCCGAGGAGGCAGUUAAGCGAUACAUGCGCUUUGGGAAAAAGAUGGAUCCAGACUUCGAAAAGGCAUUGAAGAGAUACAUGCACUUCGGCAAAAAGACGGACGUAUCAGAAGCCAUCAAGAGAUAUAUGAGGUUUGGCAAAAAGGCGGACGACAAUGAUGCUGAAAAGAGAUACAUGAGAUUCGGUAAAAAGAGUGACUCAGAUACCGAAAAUGAGGAGAAACGUUACAUGAGAUUUGGCAAAAAAGAUAAAGAAUUAUCAGAAAUCAAAAGGUACAUGAGGUUUGGAAAAAAAGACCAACCAGCCAAAAACGAAAAACGAUACAUGCGUUUCGGCAAAAAGAGUACAGUGUAAUAAGUUGUGAUACCCAGGAACUCAUUUUACGACAAAGAGGGGGUUAAUUCCAUAUCAUUAUUUUUUGUAUUGAAAACAUUCAUGUGAUCAUACAUUUUAGCUGUGAAAAAGGAACGAUAAUUUUGAGCAAUUUUCAAAAGUUAAAUCAUAUCAAGUAAUUAAAAGAUUAACAGGCAAAAUUCAAUUAGAUGCCAAUGACAUUAGCCUAUUAUUGAAAACAGUAUUGGAUUAUAUAUGUUGUUAUAUAUAUAUACAUAUAUGUACAGUGUUAUUUUGUAAAUUACAUAUAGUUAUGUAGUUAAAAGUGAUAAGAGCGUCAUGGUUUAACGCAAAUGAUAGUUAGUCGUGUACCAUAUAGGUGGCGCAGUAUGCGUUCGAUGGAUUCAUCUACCGACGCAGGUUGUUUAAAAGAGCUGCAAACAUUUUGCCUUGUUGCUUUGAACUGGCAUUAAAUAUAAAACUUAUUUUACUAAAUUCUGGGUUCUUUGGGGCACAAUAAAAAGCAA